CUGUAUAAAUAUGUUGACCUCGAGGGUUUAUUCAAUCAGACACAACUUGAAUCGUUCUAACGUUGACUUCAGCGCGAUGGGAAAUUUUGUAGACACACCACCGAUCGAGGCAGAAGAACCUUCUGUCGGGUCUUCUUCGGAUUCAGACACGGAGCUUGGAGCUGGUGAUUACAUUAUUGAUUUAGAUGCCCCUGAGUAUCGCGAAUAUCUCUUGGAGAGGAGAAAGAGUUUGAGCGAAGGGGCUUUGCUCGACGACAUUACGUAUCUUGACUGGAGGAGAAACAACAAUAUCUUAAACAAACACGAAAGGAAUACAGAACACAAGCCACGAAAUAACCGUGAUAUGUUGGGAAAACGUCUCUCAGUGCCAACAACUGGCAAUGAAAUUAUAGCUAUGAGGAAGAACAGUGCAGAAUACGAGAAACGAGCUAUGGACAGCAGACAACGCAUUGAUGAUGUUAAGAAAAAGUACAAUCUAAAAAAUAGAGAUUACACGGCGAGAGCAAUAGUUUGGAAAGAACAAGACAAAAAACAAGCCAAACUGGAGAAGCAACAAAGAAAACUUCUCCGACAACAAAUUCGUCUCAAAUACGAUCUACCAACACCCAAGACAAGCAGAACUGCUGCCAUAGCUUCUGGAUGAAAGUGUCACUGGGAAUUGUGGAGAUGUGAUUCAAAGAAAAAUCAUUGGACGCAGAUACGAGUGGAUUUGCACCCUCUAAAGGGCGAGACAGUAGAAAAGCAUUAUAAAGUGCCUCUUCAGAGCUGUACCAAGUCCCAAGAUGCCGCGAAGUAAGGUACCAUGAAUGCAAGUGAACGCGAAGACAGAAAGACAUGUUAGACUUCGGUGAAGACUGAUAGACAAAUCUUAGAUUUCAAUGAGGAACGUUGUGAAAUAUUUGAUAGUCUCUAAGGAAAAUAAGUAUUUUUAAAGACUGCAAGGUUGCGUUCAAAGUUUUUUACAAUGGAUAAUGACAUAUUUAAUUUUUCAUCAGUGGUAGAAUUUGCGAAAAGAAGUGAUACUAUUAGGUUUACAGAUGAAUUGUUUCAGUCUUUUUUCGUUUUAAGGAAUACUGUUUGUAUUAAACCUCUCAUCCUCAGAUAAGA